AUGCCCGAAAUGGAAGCUCAUCCAGUUCUUCCCAAGAUGAUUGGUGAAACGAUCACUAUACCCUCCCCGAACCUUCCGGACUCUGAUCUUUAUCCUCGUCGCAACUGGGUCGUUAUCGAAAAGCUGAGUGAGUAUCCACGCCCAGUUACCCCCAAAGACUUUGACGAUGGAAUGGGCCCCGCGUACACCGCUGGGAAAUAUCUUUGUCGUCUUGCAGAUCCCAGAGGCCAUAACAAGCUUUCCUUUAUGCGUAUCUACAAACAAAUUCCUUUGGCUGGCACUGAACUUGACAACUCGAGCAUUCGCAAGGCACAGGCCUCCAAGCCACGAGACCAUGUGGAGCUCCAUGCCUUGAAGCAUUUUACAAAGGAAAGGUGCACUGCUACCCCUAAACUCCCUGGAUAUCAAAUCGACAAGCAAGACGAGAACGACCUUGUCCCCGGCGGAUAUAUCAUCCACCUUGUAUGGGAGAAUGCUCGAGGAUAUUAUCCUCUUGACAUUGAGGAGUUCUGGAGCUUUCCCUACAGCCAACGAGAAAGGAUCCGUAAGAAGUUCAAAAUGGCCUACACGGAAGUUUUGAGGCUAGGGUAUGAGCUGAGCCGGACGACCGCAUCGAAGAUCAUACUUAACAAGACCACGGAUGAUGUCAAAGUCUCCGGUUUCAGGCGGGCUGACCGCAUCCCCCCAGACACGCAAUGGGACGACUACAACUUUGUGAGGUUUUUGCUGGUUCUUAACUCCCCGGCCCGGUACAAGUACCUUUCCAUCAAGGCGAAGGAUCUCAAAAGUGAACAAAACAGUCGCUGGAAGUGGUGA